AUCAUUCACUGUGGUUGGUCAAGACUGCAGUGGCAGAACUCCCCACAGGAUCACAACAGCUGUUUUGUGAUGUUGCAUUUUAACCUUAAGGACUAGCUACUCAUUUUCAGUAUGGGGAUGUUUAUUAAUUUACCUCUGACUUUAUGCACACUGUUUCUGUGUAUACAUUUUAGCUCAAUUGCGAAUGCAUCCAAGAGGACAAGGGCAACUGCUGAUAACAGAGAGGCUGGGACAAGGAGGGCCAGAGCUGUAAACAGACCGAUACCCAUCCAGUGUAGGCUGGGGAGGUGGUCAUCUUGGACUCCUUGUAACUCCUGCACAGACAAACAGUUCCGUUACCGAGACUUGGAGAAGCCCUCACAGUUCGGUGGCACAGAGUGCUUUGAGACACUGUGGGAAACACUGACAUGUCCAACAGCAACCGGACAGUGUAUGGUGCCAGAUUACUGUGGAGAGAGCUUCACCUGCGGUGAAACUGGGCGCUGCGUCAGCCAGUCCCUUCGCUGUAAUGGAGAGACAGACUGUGGCGAUCUUUCUGAUGAAGAGAACUGUGAAAGCUUCAACCAAAGAGAUGACAUGUGUUCCACCCUACUGGCCAUCCCUGGAACUGAACGUGGCACUCAGGGCUACAACGUCUUGACUGGAGAGUUUGUGGAUCAUGUACUGGACCCGACAUACUUCGGAGGAAAGUGUGAAUAUGUCUAUAAUGGUGAAUGGAGGAAAUUCAGCUAUGACUCGUUCUGUGAGAACCUGCACUACAAUGAAGAUGAGAAAAACUACAGGAAACCUUACAAUUACCAUGCCUACCGUUUUGUGGCUGAAGCCAGGUCAGAGGGCUCUCAGGAAUUCUAUGAAGAUAUGGUGAGCAUGCUGCGAGCGAGGAAAGACAUGCAUUCAGGCAACGUAGGCUUCACAGUGGGGGUCUCUCUUGUGGAAGUGGGACUGAGUGCAAGUGCGGAAUCUGAGUUUAUCAAGAACAUAACACAGCAUAAAAGCCAGGACCUAGGGUUCAUUAGGCUGUGGUCCAAAGUGCAAACGGCCCUCUUCAAAAUGAGAAGUAAUGAGUUGAUGCUCCAUGAGGAUUUCUACGUUUCACUUAUGGAGCUCCCUGAGCAGUAUGACUUUGGGAUGUACUCCCACUUCUUCAACACAUUUGGCACCCACUAUGUCACAGAGGGAACUAUGGGAGGAACCCUUGAAUUUGUUGCGGUUGUCAACAAAACAGCUAUGGAGAAGUCAAAAUUUGAGGCUCACCAAUUUGGUGGAUGCAUUGGUGCUUCUAUUGGUUUAAACCUUCCUGUUGAAAACGAGCUCACUGUAGGUCUCAAAUUGAGUGGCAAAAAAUGCGGCAAAGGCGGAGAAUUUGAAAAGGUCAAGAAUUCCAAUUCCGAUUUAAUUGAGGACGUUGUUACUCUAGUGAAAGGGGGGGUCAUACACCACAGCAGUGGCCUGUUGGCUAUCAGAAGCCCUGACACCCACAGGAAGUGGGGGGCGUCCCUCAAAUACAACCCAGCACUCAUCGAGUAUGAGACCAUGCCAAUUUAUGAGCUAGUGCGCCUCAGCACAGCCGCCGACCAUGUCGGUGCUAGACUGGCUAACUUGCGGAGGGCCUGGGAUGAGUAUCUGCAGAAGUUCGACUCCUGUAUCUGCGCCCCCUGCAAGCACAACGGGAUCCCUGUCCUCACGGGUACCUCCUGUAAAUGCCUCUGUAAGUCUGGGUACGAGGGAGACGCCUGUGAAGAGACUCUCAGAAGAGAUACUAAGACAGAUGGUUCAUGGUCAUGCUGGGGGUCCUGGUCACCCUGUGCAUCGGGGGGGAAGACACGGACCAGAACCUGUGAUAAUCCUGCCCCUGAGGGAGGCGGAGCCGCCUGUUUGGGCGCCUCCUCUGAGACUCAACGCUGUUAGAGUGCUGUUUCCUUCAGACUCACAUGCGCUAAUUCAGAAUAAUCUAUUACGGGUUUCCUCCGAUUAAUUAAAACUGUUCUUUCACAAUCUUUUAAUGUCAGAGAUCUUAAAUAUAACACACACUGUAUUUCAAGGUAGAAAUAAAUGUGUUGUGCAGACUUUA